GUAGCGCCGCAGCCGCGUUCCUCCCCCCUUGCAGGUUACGAGGCGGGGCGUGAGGGGCUGUGGGGCGGGAGUGACCCGUGGCUGCCGCCUCUCCUCGGUGCCUGCGGUGCGGCGCGAUCCUGCACGCCAAGGUCGUCCAAGGGUUGUCGGGACGGCCGGGAGGGGUUGGGCCGUGCCUGCUAAAGCAUCUGAGGUUCGCCGGAACGUGUGGCGAGGCGCCCGGGCGCGGAGUGGGGGACGCGUUUUGGCGUGGCAGAACACGGAAGCGCCGCGGUCCGGAGCGGCGCCCCCGGCACCGGCAGCGCCAUCGCAGCGAUGUCUUCCGACUUCGAGAGCUACGAGCAGGACUUCGCCGUGCUCACGGCAGAGAUCACGGGCCGCAUCGGGAAGGUGCCGAAGCUGGUAGGAGAUGAGAAGAAGCAGAUGGUUGCAAAUGUUGAGAAACAGCUUGAAGAAGCGAGGGAACUGCUUGAGCAGAUGGAACUUGAAGUUCGAGAGAUCCCACCUCAAAGCCGAGGGAUGUACAGCAGUCGAAUGAGAAGCUACAAACAAGAAAUGGGAAAACUUGAAGCUGACUUUAAAAGGUCACGAAUCGCCUACAGUGAUGAGGUGCGGAAUGAGCUCCUAGGGGAUGACGGGAAUUCCUCAGAGAACCAGUUGAUAAAAUUACGUGAAGAGAGGGCACAUCUGCUCGAUAACACAGAGAGGCUGGAAAGGUCAUCUCGGAGACUAGAGGCUGGAUACCAAAUAGCAGUGGAAACCGAGCAGAUUGGACAGGAGAUGCUUGAAAACCUCAGCCAUGACAGAGAGAAGAUCCAGCGUGCUCGGGAAAGGCUCAGAGAAGCAGAUGCAAACCUGGGGAAGAGUUCCAGAAUUUUGACGGGAAUGUUGCGAAGGAUCAUCCAGAACCGGAUUUUGAUGGUUGUUCUGGCAGUCAUCAUCAUCUUCACCACCAUGAUGGCUAUUUAUUUUUCUGUCAGGGGACGCUGAUAUCUUUGUUCUUCACUAAACAGCAACAAACUGCUUGUUCUGAGUAAUUAAGACAAAGUGGUCACAUGAAUCAUUCUCUUGCACUGACAGAGUCUCCCUCUCUUUUCCACUCUUCAACUCAGGUGCAAGUGGUGUAAAAUAUUUUGUAUUAUUGAUGGCAUAGUUGAUGGCAUGUGGGACUAUUUUUUUCUUACAUUUUUGUCCUUAUCUGAGUGUUUUCUGGCUCUUAAUAUUUGUUGGAGUGAGAGCUUGUUCUGGUAUAAAAAGACUUAAUGUGUGUCGAAUUCACCCACAGACAAUUAGCCUGUAAGUUGCCAGAGUUUCAUGAGGGAAGAGGGUUCUUUGCACUUUUCUUGUGCUGUGCAGGGUGUGUGAAUAUCAAGCAGUAUCUGACCUUCUGUGAUUUAGAAUAUAAGUAAAGCAGAGACCAAAUGAUGUAGAAAGUGAACCUGUCUCCUGUGACUAACUCCCAAUCAUGCAUUAUCGUAGUAGAUGUAACCUGGUUAAGAACAGUAGCUAGUUUUAAAAAGAGAGCAACCUUAGGAUGGUGUUUAAUAUAUGAUGUAAAUCCAAAACUUAAUUUAACAAUUUUUUGUUUAAAGUUAGGCUUUCUUUUCUGCUUAUUCAAAGCAAUUCCACUUUCAUCAAGAUGAUGGAAACACACCACUUACCUAAAAUGUAUUUGUGGCUACAGCCCAUCUAUUGAAUCUCUUUAAAAUCUUCCAGUGUUGAUAUAUGUACUGAUUACAGCAUUACACACUAGGCCCUUAAUGAAGAUAUAUAAAGAUACUUAUCUAUUUGUUGCUGAUUGAAAAGAGAUCCUAAAGUAACAGUUCAGCAACAAAUGAGUGAUUAUAGUGCAUUAAACAAUCUAGAUUUUUAACACUGGCCUGACUGUGCUGAGACUGCAUGUUGGAAUAUUUUGAGUGUAUUAAAUUCUGAUGUGAUAUUCCCAUUUUUAAACAGAAACUGUAAAAAUAUUAAUUUAUAUAUGCUUUUAGCUGGUACAAUAUAUCAUAGUUUCAUCUA